AUAGAAAAAGUGCUCCAGCAAGGAGAAAUCGGAGACUGUGCAGAACCCUACAUGGUUCUUAAAGAAAGUGAUGCUGGCAAAGCAAAAGAAAAGAUUGAAAAACUGAAAGCCCAAGCUGAAUUCUUUUGUCAGCGUUUGGGGAAAUACAGAAUGCCAUUUGCCUGGAUUCCCAUAAGCCUAACUAAUUUCUUCAACCUUUCAACACUUGAACGAGAAAUAUCUGAGGCCGAAGGCUUAAACGGGAGGGGAUCCAGUAGUGACAAGCGAGCAACACUGCUACAGGCGAGAAGACUUUCUGAAAGAAGUCUCAGCUCAGAGGACAGCUAUCUGGUAUCAAACUUCAAAACAAUCUCUCUGACCCUCAACACCUUCUUUAAACAGGAAGGAGACAGGCUUAGUGAUGAAGAUCUGUUCAAGUUUUUAGCUGAUUUCAAAAGAUCAUCGUCCUUGCAGAGAAGAAUUAAGACUUUACCAGGUACACUUAAACUGGAGAUUUCCCCAGCUCCAGAAAACCUUGGUUAUUGUUUGACACCAGAAUUACUACCAGUGAAGCCAUUUCCAGAAAACCGUAAUCGUCCUCACAAAGAGAUUUUGGAAUUCCCAAUCAGAGAAGUGUAUGUUCCCCAUACCACUUAUAGAAAUCUCCUCUAUGUUUACCCUCAGAGGCUGAAUUUUGCUAACCGACUGGCUUCUGCAAGAAAUAUUACCAUCAAAAUCCAGUUUAUGAGUGGCGAAGACCCAUCCUGUGCAACGCCGGUAAUUUUUGGGAAAUCUUCAGGUCCAGAAUUUGUCCAAGAAAUAUACACAGCUAUCACGUAUCAUAAUAAAUCCCCUGACUUCUAUGAAGAAGUGAAGAUAAAGCUGCCAGCAAAACUCACAGAAAAACACCAUCUAUUGUUCACAUUCUAUCACAUCAGCUGCCAGCCAAAGCAAGGAGCAUCUGUAGAAACCCUUCUUGGGUAUUCAUGGCUGCCGAUUCUAUUAAAUGAUCGUCUUCAAACUGGGCAUUAUUGUCUUCCUGUUGUGUUAGAUAAGCUGCCUUUCCACUAUUCAAUUCACUCUCCUGAGAAAGUUCCAUCUCAGACACCACCUAUUAAGUGGGUUGAAGGACACAAGGGUGUUUUCAAUGUUGAAGUGCAAGCUGUUUCGUCUGUUCACACUCAGGACAAUCACCUGGAGAAGUUCUUCACCCUGUGCCAUUCUCUGGAAAGUCAAGUGACCUUCCCCAUUCGACUGAUGGAUCAGAAGAUCACAGAGGCUACACUGGAACAUGAAUUGAAACUCAGCAUUAUCUGUUUGAAUUCUUCACGCCUUGAACCUCUUGUCUUGUUUUUACAUUUGGUACUAGAUAAACUUUUCCAGCUGGCUAUACAGCCCAUGGUCAUAGCUGGCCAGACAGCCAACUUCUCGCAGUUUGCCUUUGAAUCUGUGGUUGCAAUAGUAAACAGUCUCCAUAACAGCAAAGACCUGAGCAAAGACCAGCAUGGGAGAAACUGUCUCCUGGCAUCUUAUGUCUACUAUGUAUUUCGUCUGCCAGACCCUCAAAGAGAAGUAGUCAAAACAGGUGCAGGCAGCAGUACCAUUUUGACAGAGUCUCGUUACUACACAUUCGGACGCACUUCUGCAGUGUCUGUUGGUAGUAAACUCCUGCAGAGCCGAGUGAUAAGCUGCAGCAAUCCUGACAUCACUGCUACUGAUGAGGAGGUCAGAAGCAUCGUGUCAUCCAAGCCUAUGGAUCACAGCUCCAGUCGGAUGUCUUUCUAUGUUGAAGGAACAAAUGACAUGCCAAAUGUUUGUGCAAGCCCAAGACCAUCCAAUAAAAAGCAUUUCCAUGAGGAGCUGGCACUGCAGAUGGUGGUUAGUACGGGUAUGGUCAGAGAAUCUGUCUUCAAGUAUGCCUGGUUCUUCUUUGAGCUCCUGAUAAAGAGUAUGGCUCAGUAUGUUCACAACAUAGAGAAACAAGACAACCCACGGAGAAGCCGGUUCUCUGAUCGCUUCAAAGAUGAUAUCACCACUAUAGUUAGUGUGGUUACUUCAGAGAUCGCUGCACUUAUAGUCAAACAGAAGGAAAGUGAGCAAGCAGAAAAAAUUAAUAUCAGCCUGGCAUUUUUCUUGUAUGAUCUUCUUUCUUUAAUGGACCGAGGAUUUGUGUUUAAUCUCAUCAAACAUUACUGUAAUCAGCUCUCAAACAAGUUGAAUUCAGUCUCCACCCUGAUUUCCAUGAGACUGGAGUUCCUGAGAAUUCUCUGCAGCCAUGAGCAUUACCUCAAUCUGAACCUCUUCUUCAUGACCUCUGCAUCUGCUCCCGCAUCCCCCUCUCCCUCCUUAUCCUCCCAGAACUCUAGUUCCUGCUCUAGUUUUCAGGACCAGAAAAUUGCUGGUAUGUUUGACCUCACAGCCGAAUACCGUCAGCAGCACUUUCUGACUGGCUUACUUUUCACUGAAUUGGCAGCAGCGCUGGAUGCAGACGGUGAGGGGAUUAGCAAGGUGCAAAGAAAAGCUGUCAGUGCUAUCCUUAGCCUGCUGAGUUCCCAUGACUUAGACCCACGUUGUUCCAAAAAAGAGGUGAAGAUUAAAAUUGCAGCUCUCUAUCUCCCUUUGGUUGGUAUAAUUUUGGAUUCACUGCCACAGCUCCAUGAUUUUACAA